CAACCUUGUUCACGGUUUUGAGAGUUUUGCUUCCAUUCAAUACAAUCUUAGACUCACAUCUCGUUCCUGAUUGCUUUGUCAACUCGGAUUCGAGAAAACCAAUGCAGAUAGUUCCUCUCCCUAUCUAUAAUGUCGCAUCAAUAAGUCUUAUUGCUGGCUUAUUCGCUCCUGGUGCAUUUGGUCUGCGCUCUCGCUGGACUCGCCGUUGACCCCAUUUCUCUCCUCUACCGUUGCGCAGCGGAAUGACUUCCUUACCCCAGCGGCCCGCCAUGCCCGUCGCACCGGUGGAUGCAGAUAUAUCCGCAGAGCGCACGCAACAAGGCGACAAUUUGACUCAGGAAGACGAUGCUGCUCCCAUACCAGGUGCCGACGAGGCAGCAGCAGACCUUGAUGAGGAGGCUGCGCUCAAGAUCCUGACUGAAAAUGUCCGAGAUCAAGAUGAUCUCGAACGUGAUAUCACUCUCCAAGCAAACCGCGCCUUGAUUGAGGCCGAAGACAAGCGAGACCAGAAGCGUAUUGAAAAGGCCGAACAGUUAAAAUCACGGCUCGAAAACCAGCACAAAACUCAGCUGCACAAGCUCAACUCCAGCCAUGGAAACCCCACUACCAAACUACGGAUACAACGAGAACUCGCGCGCAUAGAGGCAGAGAUCGAGAUUUGCGAUAAGGACAUUGCCGAUUUCACCGCUCGCAUUGAGCAGCGGAACCGUCAGGGCGAUGCCGACGCUCUGCCCUCGACUGCCGGUGGCAAACUGCCCAACGAGACACAGCGUGACUACCUCAUCAGAACAGGGAAGAUUACCCCUUUUGCGACAUUUGGCGGUCCUAGACCCGACGACGUCCAAGGAGAACUCGCUGAAGCCAUCAUUGAUGCCGAGGAAGAGGCCAUCGCCGAAGAGUUAGAGCAGAAGGUUGGCGAUGGCCCUCGCUCGCACCAGAACCUCAGACUUCCUGGUUUUGCUGAGGACGAGUCGUAUACUUCGGCCAUCGAGUCCGAGUUUUCUCUGCGGCCGCGCAAGAAACGCAGGGUGCAAGCUGCUGCUGCUUCUGACGAUGAGUUCACCCCGGCAGAGUCCGCCUCGGAAGCGGCCACUCCCGAAUCCUAUGCUUCUGACGAUUUUGACAUGACCGAUCUCACUCCUAAACGGAGACGGGCCAAGACUGUCGUUGAGGAGAGCGAUGAUAAGGUCGAUCUGAGCAAUAUUGACGACGGCAAUGAGGCCGUGUAUCAGAGGAGACUGAAAGAUUGGGUCGACAGAAGGAGUCGAGCAAGACGCCAUCACCGGGAAAAGCUAGGUCUGCCGCUUGAUGAUGAUAGGGGAGAUGAAGAGGAGUGGUUUAAGCCAUGUCCCGAUCAGCCAGAUCAUGAGUUUGAGAACGGACUCAAACUACCAGGCGACAUCUACCCGGCUCUCUUUGACUACCAAAAGACUGGUGUGCAGUGGCUGGCAGAGUUGUAUGCCCAGCGUGUCGGCGGCAUUAUCGGCGAUGAAAUGGGCUUAGGGAAAACAGUCCAGCUUAUAUCAUUUGUCGCCGCUCUGCAUUACAGCAAAAUGCUCGACAAGCCCGUCAUUGUGGUCGCCCCCGCCACCGUCCUGCGCCAGUGGGUAAAUGAGUUCCAUCGCUGGUGGCCCCCGUUUCGCGUCUCUAUUCUGCACUCAUCUGGGAGCGGCAUGUUCAAUGUCCGUGACGAGGGCGAGAUUGAGGACCACGUGGAGGAUUGGGAUAAGAAGCAGCGACCCAGCAAGUCCACCAAAGCGGCCAAGCGGAUUGUGGACCGCGUGGUCAAGCAUGGCCAUGUUCUCGUCACCACAUAUGCUGGCCUCCAGACCUACGGCGACGUCCUAAUUCCCGUUGACUGGGGUUACGCCGUCCUCGAUGAAGGCCACAAGAUCCGGAAUCCGAACACUGCCGUUACGAUAUACUGCAAAGAGCUCCGCACGCCUAACCGGGUUAUCCUGUCCGGCACUCCUAUGCAGAACAAUCUGACGGAGCUGUGGUCCUUGUUUGACUUCAUCUAUCCCAUGCGGUUGGGUACACUGGUCUCUUUCCGCAGCCAGUUUGAGAUCCCAAUCAGGCUGGGAGGGUAUGCCAAUGCCACGAAUCUCCAGAUUAUGACGGCACAGAAAUGUGCCGAAACCCUCAAGGAGACUAUCAGCCCGUACCUCCUCCAGCGCUUCAAGGUAGAUGUCGCUGCCGACCUCCCAAAGAAGAGCGAGCAGGUGCUCUUUUGCAAGUUGUCCAAAUUGCAGCGGGAUGCAUAUGAGUCGUUUCUCAUAUCUAACGACAUGGCGUCGAUCCUCAACGGCAAACGUCAGUCUUUGUAUGGCAUUGACAUUCUUCGCAAGAUCUGCAAUCAUCCCGAUCUGCUGGAUCCCAGGCUCAAGAAUAAACCCGGCUACACAUGGGGUAGCGCGAGCAAGUCUGGCAAAAUGGCGGUUGUCAAGUCACUGCUACCCAUGUGGAAACGCUUGGGACACAAGACACUGCUUUUCUGCCAGGGUGUUCAGAUGCUGGACAUUAUCGAAGCCUUUGUCAGGCGUCUGGAUAAUAUCAAGUACCUCCGCAUGGACGGCAAGACUCCCGUCAAGCAGCGGCAGGCUCUCGUCGACCAGUUCAACAAAGACGCAGAGAUUGAUAUCUUCUUGCUGACAACAAAGGUGGGCGGGUUGGGCUUGAAUUUGACAUCAGCCAACCGAGUCAUCAUCUUCGACCCGGAUUGGAACCCGUCCACCGACGUGCAGGCGCGAGAACGAGCCUGGAGACUCGGUCAGAAGCGGGAAGUUACGAUCUACCGGUUGAUGACGGCGGGAACCAUAGAAGAGAAGAUCUAUCACCGUCAAAUAUUCAAGCAGUUUCUGUCCAAUAAGGUGCUGAAGGAUCCAAAACAGCGGGCCUCAUUCAACCUCCACGACUUGCACGAUCUGUUCAGCCUCAGUUCUUAUGAAGACGGGGUGACGGAAACCAGUGAGAUGUUCAAAGGCAGCGAUGCCGAUCCUACGAAGAAGUCUGCAGGACCAAAGGAGCUCAUCCUGCCUGGAAACGACGUCGUACCCCCGCGGCCCACGCAAAGCGGAAUCGCAGCCAAGACCGAACCUGUCGGCAGCACGGACGAGAAAGAGGCGGACGACCUCCGCAACGUUGAAGGCGUGGCAGGACUGGAGGAAUACAGGGACAAUUCUGGUGCGCCGGCCACGAACGAAGAGGACCGGAUCAUGGAGGGCAUUUUUGCGCGGGCUGGCGUCCACAGCACAUUAGAGCACGAGGAGAUUAUCAACGGCAAGAAAGCAGUUAGGGCAGAUCCCAAGCUGCUCCAGCAGGAGGCCAACCGUAUCGCCGCACAGGCCGCCCUUAGUCUCCGGCGCGCAGGCGAGCAAGCGCGCAACGUCCCGAUUGGUACCGUGACCUGGACCGGUGAAGUUGGGGAGGCUGGGCGGCCGACCAAUGUCCGUCGUGGGAUGCAUGGCGGGCCGAGCUCGGCCGGCAUAUUGGCUGGUGUUGCGGCGCGACAGGGUCUCAACUCCUCAGGGAGCGGGGGUAGUCCGAGAUCGAGAUCGGGGACGCCUGGCGGUGGGCUACGGGACACGAAUCUAAGGGCUAAAGAUUUUGAGAGGAUGAUUCCAGAGUUUAUCAGGCGGCAUGGCGGGAAAGUGCCGUCCAAACUGCUGGUGGAUCACUUCAACCAGUACUGCACCGGCCCCAGACAGGCGGACGAGUUCAAGGCGGCGCUGGGCAAGGUGGCCAAGAUGGAGAAGCCGGGGUCGAGCAUGCGCGCGGUGUGGAAGCUCAAGCCUCAGUAUCAGUGAUGGCUCACUACUCGUGACGCACGGUUCACCACGAGAGGAGUUUGUCCAAUGGUUAGCUGAUGCCCAAGGGAUGUCGAACUAGACGCAUUGUGCUUCGCAGUUCAAACUAUACUAUAUAGACAGCCAUGAUUUGAUGGAUAGAUGAUAAUGAAGUCGAAUCCAUGGAUACUACCAAGUGUUGUAGAU